AUGAAGACGCUUUCCUCCCUCCUCAUCGCCAUCAUCGCAAUUGCACUUGCCGUAUACAACAACGAGUACAUGCUCUCAAGACUCACACAGUCACUGAGACACGCCACAUCCCUCGCAAAGACCACCAAGCCCUUCUACAACGCCACGGAAGAUAUGUCGACCAUGUUCCGCGGACUGCCCGUCAUUCCCGACGAGAAGUUCACCACCGAUGCGCCCCGCAAGAUCGCAAAGUCGUUCCUUGCAGUUGAGCAAUCUGAAGGCGCAGGAGCGAAAGUGAGGAGGAGUGUUGGCACCCCCAAACUCCGCAACUUCUCACCCUUCCUCAUGCUCGACCACUUUGCCAUUCCACCAGGCGCAGGCUUCCCUGACCACCCACACCGAGGCCAAGAAACCAUCACAUACCUCCUCUCCGGCGCCGUCGACCACGAAGACUUCGCCGGAAACAAGGGCACCAUCGAGCAGGGCGACCUGCAAUUCAUGACUGCCGGUCGCGGCAUCGUCCACGCCGAGAUGCCGCGCCAAAACGAGGACGGCGCGCCCAACGUCGGAAUGCAACUCUGGGUGGACCUGCCCAAAGAACUAAAGUCAUGCGAACCCCGCUACCGCGACCUGCGAGCGAAGGAGAUCCCCGAGACGACCGCGGACGACGGCAAGGUGCACGUCAAAGUCAUCAGUGGACAAGCGUACGGCACCGAGAGUCUGAAGGAACUGGCAUACACACCCGUCUGGCUGCUCGACUUUACAGUCCAGCCCGGCGGCAAAGUCAAGCAGCCCCUACCAAAGGGCUGGAACGCCUUCGCAUACCUCCUCAACGGCACCACCAUCUUCUCUUCCGACGGCGUAUCGCGACCUAUCGAACAAUACCACAACGUCGUUUUCGAGAGCAACGGCGAUAGCAUCGAAGCAUCUGUAGAGGAAGGUGUCGACACGCCAUCGAGGUUCAUUCUCGUUGCUGGUCUGCCGCUCGAUCAGCCCAUCGUACAAUACGGACCCUUUGUCGUCACGUCAAGAGAUGAGGUCAUGCAGGCUAUGAUGGACUACCAGAGCCACUCGAAUGGUUUCGAGAGGGCGAACAACUGGGAAAGUGAGAUCGGCAAGAGCAUGGUGCAUUGA